GCGAAUAAGCAGUAUAUAACGCGUUUUCCGAUGGAUAUAACCUGUAAAACCACUAUCAGUGGCGGUCGUGGAUACACACUGCUUGAUUUCGCCAGAGGCCGAUGCGACUGUGCCAUGGACGGAUGAACCAAGCUCGAGGAGCAUGGUAAAAACAUAAGACAUGCUGCAUGCUCGUGCAAGUGUGAAGUCGACGUUUCCUCGGCAGAUGUAACUGCCAUGCUCGCUUGAUGUGGUUCGGAGUGAACCCGCUGCGAUGGAACAAGCCGACGGCGGUGUCUCCGCGCGGCCACCGAAGUCUAAAGCGACAUCUGCCACCACAAGGAUCCAAGGAAGACAGCACAUCCACCACAUCCCCCACAAACCAAGGCUCGUCCGUCCAUCCUCCACCGACACUUUGCAAUUCAUCAUCACCCGACCACACUCCAGUCGUCCCUCUCCAAGCGCCUUUCUCGGCUACACCGCCACCUGCUCCCACAUCCACCCGCGUGCUAUACGGUCACACCGCCGGCGUAUGUGCGCUCCUGGCUUCCGACGACCGCUACAUCGUGUCCGCGUCCAUGGACGCCACCCUCCGCGUGUGGUCGCGAGGGUCGUUCCACUGCUAUCACGUCCUCAAGGGCCACCGCGACGUCGUCUGCGCCGUCGCUCUCAACGCCACCUUCCUCGUGUCGGGGUCGCACGACUUCACCGUCGGACUGUGGCGCGCUGCCGCCGACUUCAGGCUGCACCGCCGGCUCGACGGACAUGCAGGUCAUGUCACCCAUGUCGCCUUCGUUCCGUCCGCCAACGUGGCUGUGUCGGCGGCGGAAGAUGCGUCCCUUCGCGUGUGGCAGUGCGACGUCGGACUCUGCCUCGCCGUCCUCUCCAAGCACACCAGUCGCAUCUCGUGCAUGUUGAUCACCCCUACGGCCAUCUGGAGCGGCGGCGCCGACGCCGUCGUGUCCGUGUGGCGAGUUCCUUUGUCCACGUCCACAUCCACUUGUGCUGCGCUGCUGCUUGGUUUCUUUCGAGUGCACACCAAGACGGUCCAAGCAUUGGUCCAGUGUCAGCAGACUGUCCUUUCUGCAUCCAACGACGGCUUCAUCCAAACGUACGACGUCGUCACGCUCACCCCCCGCCGCCGUCUCGUGACUGGUCCACCUUGGUACAUGCUCGCCUGUCUCCAUCGCAAUCGGCAAGUGGUUGCAUCCGCUGGGGAUGGGACGCUUUGGCGGUGUGACCUGGACGGGACAGAAGAGAGCAACGCGAGGUUGGAAGUUCUACCAGGAGUAUGGAUCCCUCACGUCCAAUUGCACGCAGCGUCGGAAGGGUUCCUUGCAUGUGUGGCGGCCAGCACCCUCUUUGUCGUCGAUGUGCGGUCAUGGCGAGUCGUGGGUCAAUGCGACACGCCCCACGGCGGACUUAUCCACAGCAUCGCAUGGCUGAAUGCGUCCACGGUACUCACGACGGGCGCCGACGGACUCAUCCACUGCGCCACGUUCCAUCUCCCACACGAUGACAAACAAGAGAAGUGCUAGCUUGUUACGCUGGCAAAAUCAAAUCAAUAAUGCGGUUUCGACCAAUCAACAUUAUGUAUUCUUAAUAUUAUGUCCAAUGGUU